AUGCAUAAAAAAACACAGUCUUUAUCUAUUGAACUAUAUAAACAUAAUACACCUUUAAUAUUAGCUGGAAAAAGCUUCACCUCUAGAUUGAUGCUUGGUACAGGUAAAUAUAAGAGUCUUCAAGAGGCAAAAGAUAGUAUUUAUAUUAGUGAUACCUCUAUUGUUACAGUUGCAAUAAGGAGAGCUCAACAUGCAAAGCAGUUAGGCAAAAGUAAUUUAAUUGAUGCUUUAGACUGGGACAAAAUAUGGUUAUUACCGAAUACAGCUGGUUGUAAAACAGCUGAAGAAGCUAUACGUGUAGCUAUUCUAGGAAGAGAAAUGGCAAAAAGACUGGGACAAGUAGAUAAUAAUUUUGUCAAAUUAGAAGUUAUACCAGAUCCUAAGUAUUUAUUACCAGAUCCUAUAGGUACAUUAAAAGCAGCAGAGUACUUAAUUAAAAGAAAUUUUGCUGUUCUUCCAUAUAUUAAUGCAGAUCCAAUUUUAGCAAAACAAUUAGAAAAUAUAGGUUGUGCAAGUGUUAUGCCUUUAGCUUCUCCUAUUGGUUCUGGUCAAGGUUUACAAAAUACUAUGAAUUUAAAUAUCAUUAUUGAAAAUGCUGAAAUUCCCGUUAUUGUUGAUGCAGGUAUUGGUACUGCAAGUGAAGCAGCUAAAGUUAUGGAAUUAGGUGCUUCUGCUGUAUUACUCAAUACAGCAGUAGCUAAUGCAUGUUCGCCUUGUUUAAUGGCAGAAUCAAUGAAAUUUAGUGUGUUGUCAGGUAGAAUAGCUUAUUUAGCAGGACGUAUGCAAAAAACAUAUACAGCUCAAUCUAGUUCACCUGUGGAAGGUAUCUCAUAUAUACAAUAA